GGUCCUCAAUCUCUAUCCACAUUAUCCAAGAUGGCUGCGACCAUAACAGGUUUAUUAAAACCUUGGACACCGAGAGUGUUCUCAGUGAGAUGGAGCAGAUACAAUCCAUACUACCUGGAGCCAGACCCUCGGAAAGACGUGUACGAAAUUCCGGAGAACGAAUUAACGGCUGAGCAGAAGGAGGAGCGCGAGCGAAAGGCUGUCAGUCCGAUAAAGGCAGCAACAAGUGGGGUCACAAGCUCCUUAUUCCAAGAACCAGAUUUGAACAAAUUCAUCAACAUGAUGAUGAAAGAUGGCGACAAGGUCACAGCAAGAGGUAUUAUGAAUCAGACUUUGGAAACCAUAAAGAGGAAACAGGUGGAGAAGUACCACAAAGCUCCCGAUGGUAACAAGGCAGAGAUAGAGUGUAAUCCUUACGCUAUAUUUCACAAAGCAUUGGAGAACUGCAAACCUGUCAUUGGCCUGGCUAGCAUACAGAAAGGGGGCAAGUACUACCAGGUGCCCAUCCCCCUGACUGAGAACCGCAAGCGUUUCCUAGUUAUGAAGUGGAUGAUUGGAGAGUGCAGGGACAACAAGCAUCGACGCACACUCAUGUACGAGAAACUGUCCCAAGAACUGCUAGCUGCCUAUGUCAAGGAGGGUAACGUCAUCAAAAAGAAACAUGAAAUGCACAAGAUGGCCGAAGCCAACAGAGCUUAUGCCCACUAUCGCUGGUGGUAAAUCGAUCAACUUCAAAAGGU